AUGGCGGACGCGCAGAAUCCCAACGACGAGCUUUACCCCAUCGCGGUGUUGAUGGAUGAGUUGAAGCAUGACGACGUCCUGCUUCGACUCAACGCCAUCCACCGCCUCUCCACCAUCGCCCUUGCCCUCGGGCCCGAACGUACUCGCGAGGAGCUCAUUCCAUUCCUUGACGAAUCUGUCGACGAUGAGGACGAAGUCCUAGUUGCUCUGAGCGAGGAGCUCGGCGGAUUUAUCGAAUACGUUGGAGGACCUCAGUACGGCCAUGUCCUUCUGUCUCCCUUAGAAAAUCUUGCUUCUAUCGAGGAACCCGUCGUCCGAGACAAGGCCGUCGAGUCACUCAACAAGAUCUGCAAUGAUCUUUCCUCCGAACAGAUCGAGGAAUACUUCAUUCCCCUCACCAUCCGACUGUCAAAAGCCGACUGGUUCACCUCAAAGGUGUCCGGUUGCGGCCUUUACGCCGCGCCCUACAAAAAGGUCUCGCCGCCCGUCCAAGAGCAACUUCACCAGCAGUUUGGCCAUCUAGUCCACGACGAAACCCCAAUGGUCCGCCGUCAAGCCGCGACGAACCUUGCCAAGUUCGUAAAGGAGAUGCCUGCGUCUGUGGUUGUCGAAGAAAUGAUACCCUUGUUCCAACACCUUGCCCAAGACGAGCAGGAUAGCGUCCGGCUAUUGACUGUUGAAGUCCUCAUUUCCAUUGCCGAAGUCGUGCCCAAGGAGCAACAGGCGAGCCACGGCGUGUUGCUCACAUCUCUACGAAAUCUGAUAGAAGAUAAGGCUUGGCGCGUUCGGUAUAUGGUUGCAGAUAGAUUCGAGAAGAUUGCAAAGGCGGUUGAUGAGGAGGUCGUCGCCAGGGAUCUCGUCCCGGCCUUUGUGAAGCUGCUCAAGGAUAAUGAAGCGGAAGUGCGGACAGCUAUCGCGGGCCAGAUCCCUGGUUUCUGCGCCUUGGUCGAUCGUUCGGUUCUCCUCGAUACCAUUAUGGGUAGCAUCGAGGGCCUUGUUAGCGAUACCUCACAACAUGUCAGGGCCGCCCUCGGCACGCAGAUCAGCGGUUUGGCGCCGAUUCUGGGCAAGGACGCAACUAUUGAGCACCUCCUGCCCAUGUUCCUUUCCAUGCUCAAGGACGAGUUCCCCGACGUCCGGCUUCACAUCAUCUCUAAGCUUGAGUUGGUCAACCAAGUCAUCGGCAUUGACCUCCUCUCGCAAUCUCUACUCCCCGCUAUUGUGCAAUUGGCCGAGGACAAGCAAUGGCGAGUGAGACUUGCCAUCAUCGAAUAUAUUCCCUUGUUGGCAAGCCAACUCGGCGUCAACUUCUUUAACGAGAAGUUGAGCAACCUUUGCAUGAGCUGGCUGGGCGAUACCGUGUUCUCUAUUCGUGAAGCUGCUACUGUCAACCUGAGGAAGCUUACGGAGGUCUUCGGCGUGGACUGGGCAAACGAGGCUAUCAUUCCCAAGGUGAUGGCUAUGGGCAAUCACCCCAACUACCUCUAUCGCAUGACGACUUGCUUCGCGAUAUCGACCCUAUCGCCUGUUGUCACCAUGGAUGUCAUUGCUAAGUCCAUUCUGCCCAUGCUUGACAAACUCGCCGAGGACGAGAUUCCCAACAUUCGCUUCAAUGUCGCCAAGACAUACGGCACCAUCAGCGACAUCCUACGCCGCCUACCCGACCAGGGUACCAUCUACAGCUUGGAGAAGGCUGGAGCGAGCUUCCAGCCCUCGCCUCGCGGUCUGGAACUCAUUCAACAACGCAUUCUGCCCAAUCUUGAAAAACUUCAAAAGGAUAACGAUGUAGAUGUCUGCUACUUUGCGGUCACGGCAGCCCAGCGUGCGACGGGCCAGGGAGAGGGGGAUCCGAUGAAUACGUCGCCAUAG